AUGAAAAUAACAAUCACAGAUUUGAAAAAUUUAUGUAAAUUUAGUUUAGCAAGUGGAAAUGCAGUGAUCCCUUUCAUAUCAUAUAUGUAUUUGGGAGAUGACAACUUAGUCUCAUUGAAGUCUUUUUCGGUUUUUUCGGGAUCACUCUUUAUGGUAUUUAGAUGUAUUAUUAUGAACAGGCUAUGGCAAGUUAAGCUUUUAAUUAAGUAAUUGAAUGGAAGCAAGAUAAAGUUAUGACACGUACAUGUAAUCGUCCAAUUCCAAUCCAACGACUUACUCGUUUUUAAGGAGGAUUGAUAGGAUUUGCAUUUUAUGCAGCUUCUAAUAUCCUGAUGUAUAAUGUAUAUUUAUUAGUGAUUUAGUGUUUGCCAACCAAUGCCUUAUUAAUUAACAAUUUUAUUUUCUUCUCUUACUUGGGAAUCUAUACAACUUUGAAAACAAGAUCUCCUAUUAAUACAUUAAUUGGAGCAGUAAUAGGAGCUCUUCCAGUAUUAUUAGGAGCUGCUUGUGUAAAUAAUGAUAGUUUGUAUAAUUUGGGAAUGUGGGGUAAUUUUGGAUUCAUGUUUUCAUGGUAAAUCAAUCAUUUCUAUGGAAUAUAUUGGAAAUAUCAGAAGGAUUAUUUAAGAGCUGGAUUUAAAAUGGUAAAUGACAGUGCAGUUGCUAGUAGACAUAUGAAAAUAUGUUUAGCCAUUAAUGGGUUGAGUUGGUUUGGAACUGCAUCUCAGCAUUCUUAGCCAGAAUUAAAAUUUAUCAGUUGUAUCUCGGGAUUAUUGUCAUUAUACUUUUGGAAUUAUAGAGCAAUAAAAUUAUUUGAAGUAGAUCCAUCAAAAAAUGUAUGAAAAACAAACUUAUUAGUUAGGCAAACUAUCUUAAAAAAGCCUCCUACAAUUUUUUCUUGGUCUACUAUACUUUAUUAUUAAUCGAUAUAGGAAUCAAGAGAUAUUAAUAAUAAUAAAAACAUUGA